AAAUGCUGACAAGCACACACAAACACACACACAUAAGCCCGGGCAAAUCCUCGACGCCGGGCCAAGGCACGAUGCUGCAUCCUGCGGAUAUAGCGGACUUAAUAUUGGUUCGGACUUUGCGGCCAGGCGAUGCCUUCUUAUCGCAGCGUUACAUGACCUGAGAAAAAAGCAUUGUGUUACCAACCAUCACGUAGUCUAUAUAUCUUGGCAGUAAGCAUCCCGUUUUUCUGUUCCUAGCCCUCGUAGGUCUCCAUAUCUUGCCAAGAACAAAAGCAUCGCCGUUCCAAGUUUAGUUUUCAGCAAUCGCAAGACUACAAGAGCAAACAACCAUCCAAUCCACCCUCCACCAUGCCGCCCACCAACAACGCCGCCUUGCUCCCACGCGCCCGCGCCAACCCCCUGCGCGUCGAGGCCGUCGACUACCCGACAGCAGGCGCCGGCGAGCUGAUCGUCAAGGCCGCCGCCGUGGCGCUCAACCCCGUCGACUGGUUCACCCAGGCCCUGGGCGACGAGCUCUUCGACUGGCUGCAGUACCCCUUCGUGCCGGGCUUCGACGUCGCCGGGGCCGUGGUCCAGGCCGGUCCGGGCGUCGCCUCCUUUUUCCCGGGCGACCGCGUGGUCGGCCUGCGCGCGGGCUUCACGGCGCGCGAGGGCGCGUUCCAGGAGUACGUCGCCGUGCCCGCCAGCUUGGCCGCCCGCAUCCCGGACGCGCUGCCGUUUGCAGACGCCGCGGUGCUGCCGGCCGGGUUUGGCACCGCCGCGGCGUUGCUCUACGAGUCUGGCGGGCUGGGGCUCGCUUUGCCCCAGGUCGGCGACGGCAGCCGUUCUCAGGAUGAGAAAAAAACGGUCAUCGUGUGGGCCGGCGCGAGCAGCGUGGGCGCCAACGCGAUCCAGUUGGCCGUGGCCUCGGGCUACGAGGUGUUCACCACCAGCUCGCCUCACAACUUUGGGCUGUGCAGGUCGCUGGGCGCGGCCGAGGUGUUUGACUACAAGAGUCCGGGCCUCGUGGCUGAGAUGGCGGCUGCGCUUGAGGGCAAGACUGUUGCGGGCGCAGCCGCAAUCCAUCAGAGCUCGCUCGGGCCCGUCUUUGAGCUAUUGGGCAGGAGCGAGAUCCAGGGCAGCAAAAAGGUGGCGUCGGCGAAUCCGCUAGGGGAUGUUGCCCCUCCUGCAGGCGUCACGGCCAGCUUUAUCCUUGUCAACAGCAUCAAGGACAGCCACAUCGGCGCCGCCGUGUUCAAUGAGUUCCUACCUACAGCGCUAGCGACAGGCUCGUUUCAGGCAAAACCGGCUCCGCUUGUGGUCGGCAGGGGACUGGAAUCGCUGCAGGAGGCCAUGGAUCGGGGCAGAGAGGGAAAUGUUUCAGCGCAGAAGUUGGUGGUGAGCUUGGAAUAG